AGGGUCACGGGGGGGCCUGGAGCCUAUGCCAGGAAACUUAGAGCACAAGGUGGGGUACAACCUGUACAGGGUGCCAAUCCAUCACCGGAUACACAUUCACAUACACUAUGGGCAAUUCGGGAACAGCAAUUAGCCUAUUCGGCAUGUCUAUGAACUGUGGUAGGAAACCGGAGUACCCAGAGAAAAUCCACCAAGCACGGGGAGAACAUGCAAACUCGGAUGUAGGGCCAGGGGUAGCUCAACUGCUUAGAUGUAUAAUGAGAUAAAAAUGUAAGUCGCUCUGGAUAAGAGUGUCUGCCAAAUGCCUAAAUGUAAACUGGGAGGAAACCCACUAAGGACGGGGAGAACAUGCACACAGAACUGAGGUGGGAAUCAAACCCUUCACCCUGGAGGUGCACACUCAUUCACUUAUGAUCUGUACUGCUUUAUCCUCCCAGGAGACUUAGGGCACGAGGUGGGAUACAAUCGCCAGAGAACAUGCAAACUCCAUGCACACAGAGAUGGGAAUCGAACCCGGACCCUGGAGGUCAAAACUGUACAGGAAAAAACUGUGAAAAAAGUGUUGCCUUUCUCUGAAGAAAGAUAUACAUUAUUUUGACAUCAAACAAAGACGAGAAAGCCUAAAUGUAAAGACUAACACGCUGAGCUCACGGGCUGCACACACGAUGCGUUUAGCUGCUCCCUGCGUGUCUCUUUUAUACAACACCUAAACCCUGUACUGUGGGGAUGAAGUGGGCGUGGUUGCUACCUGGAAGCCGCGCCGCUAUUGGCUGAUUAAGAAAUAGGCGUGGCUUCUGUGGACAUUCGGAAUCGGAAGCCUUGAUGUUGAGCUCGAGAAGGACAAUAGCGGCGAAGAGAGAGAGAGCGCGCGCGAGACUGCACAGGCUGGAGAGAGAGCACUGAAACACCACAAAUGCGGAUAGAGGAAAAACAAACACACUCCGGUGCUGUGUCUAGGAAAGAAGGGAAUGUGAGGUGUUUACUGCAUGAACAGGCAGGAUAAGAAACACGGACUGAUUUAAUGUAACGUUGAGCACUUGCCAGCACUCUUACCAUCCACACCUGCUCCUGUGGAAAAAUGAGCUCCUCACCUGUCGUGUCUCGAGUGUCUGUCGACAUCCUGGAGGAGCUUCAGCUCUUCGCUGCUCAGAACCUGGAGAAGCUCGAGGUUAACAAGUACUAUGAGGUUAUCCGGGAGCUCGGCAAAGGCACCUACGGCAAGGUGGACCUGGUCAUUCAUAAGAUCAGAGGUACCAAGAUGGCACUAAAAUUUCUCAAGAAGAAAACCACUAAGCUAAAGAGUUUUCUGAGAGAGUACAGCAUCUCACUAUACCUCUCCCCAUGUCCCUUUAUAAUCAACAUGUUCGGUAUUGCGUUUGAAACAGAGGAUUACUACGUGUUUGCACAGGAGUAUGCCUUAGCAGGAGAUCUCUUUGACAUCAUUCCUCCACAGGUGGGACUUCCGGAGCCUGUGGCCAAGCGUUGUGUCCACCAGGUGGCCCUUGCCUUGGACUACGUGCACUGUAAGAAGCUGGUGCACCGUGACAUCAAGCCAGAAAACGUGCUGCUCUUUGACAGGGAGUGCCGCAGGGUGAAGCUCUCUGAUUUUGGCAUGGCGCGGUGCGCCGGUUCUGUGGUAAAACGUGUCAGCGGCACUAUCCCGUACACAGCUCCUGAGCUGAGCGAUGCCUCCCAGCGUGAUGGCAUCUGUGUGGACUACAGCACAGAUGUUUGGGCCCUGGGUGUGCUUCUUUUCUGCAUGCUUACUGGUAAUUUCCCCUGGGAGAAGGCAGUGCCAUCGGAUACGUUCUAUGAUGAGUUCGCCCGCUGGCAGCGAAGGCCAUCAGGCACGGUCCCUUCGCAGUGGCGCCGCUUCAGUGAUGAGGUGUUAAUCAUGUUUCGCAAACUACUGGCCCUGGAGAGUGAGCGCCGCUGCUCUGUCAAGGAGGUAUUCGCCCAUUUUGGCCAACGUUGGAUGCUGGAUGGAGAAGCAGUUCGAGGCGGGGGGGGAGGAGGACAUCACCAGGUGGCACACAGCUCCUCUUCUUCGGAGGAAGAGCUGCUGGUGGACCGGAUGAAACAGCAGACCCUAUCACCGGGCAAGAAUGGCCCGGUGGAUUCGGGAAUGGCUGCACAUCAAUUCAGUUCAGUGUCGACCAACAGCUCGGUGUCAUCCACUACCAGCUAUGAGCGAAUGCCCAGAGACAACGCCACCAACAGCCGAAUCCUCGUCACUACACCAAUCGAGAUUUGUGUGUAGAGCUCACUGCUGUACAUAACCCCAAAAAGGCUUCCUUACUAGAUAAUACAUUUUCUCACACCUUCAUAAAAAGAUUAAUCACAUAAAUAAACCAUCUUUUAACGGUAUUAUAACACCGCAGAGUGUGAAUGAAGCAAAAAAUUAGACACACCCUCUAACCUAUUAAGCUGUUUUUGUGAUUUUUUUUUUUUUCUCCAACAAGGACACAUUGCAGUCUUUUGAGAAAGAUUGUCCUCGGGGGAAUAUUUUUAAGAAAGGAAGUGCACAGAAGCUGCGAAAUAGACUAAUACAAUAGGUACACCAUGAAAGCAGUUUACCGGUGGAGAAAAAGAAAAAGCUACACAAUGUAAUUGAGCACUGAUACGGCAGAUCAAGACUACCGAUUAGGGCUAGACCAAAACAUAUUCCUUAGCAAUAUAUGAUGCAAAAAAAAAAAAAGGCAAAAUGGAUGUGGACUGGAAGAACUGGAUCUACAUUCCUGAACUGGUGUAUUGAUCCAGAUUUUGAUGGAAUUGGUAACGUUUAAUAUUUCUAGAACUUGUAUUUGAUGUCAAAAUGAUGUAUUUGAUGGAAAUGUUUUAAAACACACUAGGGAGAAAAAGGAAUGUUGCUUAAAGCGUGUGUGCUUCUGAGUGAAUGUGUUUGUGUAUUUUAUAGUGACUUGAGAUUUAGUUAUUUAAUUUUUCUUUCAAUUGUUUAAACUUGAUAUUCAGAAAUAUAUUUUUUUGCAGUUAAUUUGUAGGUAAUUUAAUGGUUUAGAUUUAAUUUAUUUUGGUACUCUGUUGAAGCGCUUGUGCCAAGCCCAGCUGGCAUCGUGCAGCCUCACUACAAUGUCUACGACUGUUUCUUCCUGACAGCUUUAAAACAGGAUAGUGAAGUGGCACUGAGGUUGGCUGCUUAUUGUACUUGGCUCAAAGGCGAGACGAGUGGAACAGAUCUCAUGCCAGUGAGAAAGUGCAGAGCCUAAAGCCAGCUGUCUGUUUUAUCAGCCUUUUUCCCCCCAACUCAGUAUUUUAGAAGGAUGAAACUAUUAUGGUGCAGUGGUUAAUCUUCUGUGUCCUUAAGGUCAUGAGAUCAAAUCCUAAAGGUAGCCAGUACUGCACCGGUAACCCUCAACUCCUAACAUAUUUGACUAGAUUGUGUCUCCUUUGCCACACAAGUAAAUGAUAAAAUAAUUAAAACUUUUUUGUUUAUAUGUACUCUGCACAUCUGGUGUCACCUUUCACUCUGAGCAAACCCUUAACAACCUCAGAAAGUGCUGACUUUCAUGUUCGAUUGAUCGUAACCAGGUUUGUGAUCCCUUGCCGAACAAGCAAGUUGUCGACCAGGCCUCGAUGUCAAACCAACAUAUCUAUUUCAAGACUUACAGGUACAAAAGGAAGUAUUUUUGCUGAUUCUCUGUUGUUUAUUUCUAUUGUUUUCUUUAUAAAGUUGUUACAUCUAUUUUUUCGUAUAUUGAUUUGAACUUUUACAAGAAACAAACGACAGUGACGUGUAAGAAUCACAUUUACCAACUGCAUGAAACAAGCACCCUAGCUUGGACAACAACAACAAAAAAACAUUUUGUAAAUAUGUGAGAAAUGUUGUAAUGUGAGUUUAUUUUGCUGUAGCACAAUUUCUUGGGGACUGUUCCAUCACCAGAUCAAUGUUACAAGACAAUUUAGGGCUAAAAAAAAAACCAAACAAAAAAAAACCUUAAGGCAGAUGAUAAUUGUUAGUUUUCAGUGUUGUAUUAUUGUGCUGUCAUGCUGCUGUUGUUGUUGUUGUGUUUCCGUUUCCUCAAACCAUGGAUUCAAUGGGAAAAAUGUUCCGUACGGUUGCGGUUGUGCAUUCCAUGUACAGAAGUGACAUGAUUGAGAUGAAAUUUAAUCAGCUUGGGUUUAUACCUCACUGAGAAUUGAAUUUGAUUAUUCCUCCACCCCUGAGGGUUGUAUGGAAUUAAUUCAGAAUUAGAUUUUGUGUUUUGUGUGUAUUAUUUUCCCCCUCUGCAUGAAUUUAGGACGUGCCGGAGUUGUAAAGAAAAAAAAAAGAGUAAAAAAACACACAUACAUGGUUUAAUGUUGUAGUAUUACUCCAUAGACAUGUAGAAGCUGGAUGGGUGUACUGUAGCAAUCUUCACACACACACACUAGUUUUUCCAAUAUUUUCUGUGACUACUGAAACAGUUAGACACUAGCUUUAUGAUAACUCUCAUGUGCUCAGGCACACUGAUACCCUUUAGUGUCCCCAUAAAACACCCACCCUUUUCACAAGAAGAAGAAUUGACACAAUCAGUGAGUGUUCACUUUGUUACCUAACCAAACCCUGAACUUCUGUCCACUUCUGUCUUUGCAAUACUACUGUCUUCCUGUAAGGUCGGAUUUAUUAAACGUAAAUCGACAUGUG